UCUGUGCUGAGAGGAUAUACUUUUACGAGAUUUUUGACGCGUUUUUGGAUUUUUGGAUUUUUUGCUUAAUUCACAUGGUUGCCAGAAUGAAACGGAGUUUAAGCGAAAGCUGCAGUGAUGUUGAUGAGGAUGUAUUUGAUGACAUGGGAAAGCCAGGGUCACCCUCACAAAGUUGUUCAGUCAGCGACAGAAAAAAGCGAAGAGGGAUAAUCGAGAAGAGACGCCGCGACAGAAUUAACAACAGUUUAUCGGAAUUGCGACGGCUCGUUCCCACGGCUUUUGAAAAACAGGGUUCGGCAAAGUUAGAAAAGGCUGAGAUAUUACAAAUGACGGUUGACCACCUGAAAGUAUUACAUCAAAAAGGUCUAAAUGGAAACUACUACGAUCCCACCUCGCUAGCUAUGGAUUACAGAAGCGUAGGUUUCAGGGAGUGCGCCGCUGAGGUCGCUCGGUAUCUGGUCACCGCCGAGGGCAUGGAUAUCCAAGACCCCCUCCGUCUCCGUCUCAUGAGCCACCUGCAGUGCUUCUCAGCCCAACGCGAGCUCGCCACGAAGGCCUGCCACCAGAACACGUCAUGGAACUCUGUCCCUAGUCACCACGGAUUAAACUCUCAAUACGGCAGCUCACCAGCAACGUCAAUGUCGAGUUCAAUGAUCUCCCAACACAAUACUCAGAACGAUCAACUCAGUAUGUCACAUUUAGGGGGAAUGCCCCCAUGUACUGAUACCAUGGCAAGGAUUGGACAAUCCGACAGUAUGACGUCAUUGAGCAACAUGCCACACAACGUGAGGAUUCCCACCACUGCGAGUGUUGCUCCACAGAUGCCAAACAUAUCUACUUCCUCUGCUCAAAUCUCCCACGCGCAGCCAUUGUUACCCACACUUUCGCAAGUCCAUACGCAGUUUCCGGUGUCUCUGAGCGUAAACUCUAUGCCUAUGAUGUCCCCAUCCGGGCACAGUUAUAGUCCCACCACAACCUCUGCCCUGCACGCUGCAGCUAGUAUCAAGCCCUAUAGGCCAUGGGGUGCUGAGUUGGCCUAUUGAUAGUGAGUUUCUAGACUUUAGAUUACAUCCAUUAUGACUAUAUCUAAAUUCUACACACUGCCAUUGCAGCAUUGCAUUUAGGAUUUUUACACUUUGUGCUAUACGCAAGCAAAUUAUGUGCAAUCAGAGGAUGGAUAAAGCUUUAGCUGCGUGUGACGUAAGCAAGUAUUGUGGACGACACGUAUGAUGUAAGCAUUUCUUGUGUAUGUAGCAUACGCCAUCGGACGUACACUGAACGAACUAGUCUUGACAAAUACGUGGAUUUAUAAAACAUUUUUAAUGCUAGUCCAACCUGACAAUAAAUCAACGAAAUAGCAUUAAAGGCCAACAUUACUGUGCUAAUUCUCGCACAGCAACAUCGAUACCUCUGCGAAGCUCCGCCAUUCAACCGCUAGGUGCGCUGGUAUGGAAAGGCGAAUGUUGGUCUGAGCGAGGGCUAAUGAAAAUACCGUGUAUCUUAAAAACUGUGACAUAACAAACACAUUCCAGGAGUUCACUUCACCAUAACUUUGACCGAACCACUUGUAUAUUAUUUCCAUUGUUCCAUUAAAAAAUGAACACGUGAUUUGGGCCAAGUGAUGUAUUUACUCAACACAUAUCCCGUUGAAGGAUGGCGUUUUAAUCCUAUCGCGUUGGCCGAGGUAAACAGUUGUUGAUAUUGUCCUUUUACCUCAUACCUAGGAAUGUAUUAGCAUUUGGGUGUGAGAGCGUGGGGAAGUUUCUAUGCAACAGUGAAAAUGCUCAAUUUCAAUCAAGUUAAAGCCUUUGUCAUUUUAUGCAGUUUUUUAUAACGUGCUCAAAAGAGGGCAGCACCUGUUGGUGUUUCUUUGGGUUCAAGAAGGCCAAUGGUUGCGCCACAAUCAAUUUUUGGGGUUGUAUAUUGAUAUGAAUGACGUUUAAAGUUGCCUAAAAGGAAUUCGUUCAAGGCAGUUCUGACACUGGCAGGUCUGGUGGGG